AUACAGGGCCGCGAUACCGUCCCCUCAGAUACAGGGCCCCGAUACCGUCCGGUCAGAUACAAGGCCGCGAUACCGUCCGGUCAGAUACAGGGCCCCGAUACCGUCCGGUCAGAUACAGGGCCCCGAUACCGUCCCCUCAGAUACAGGGCCCCGAUACCGUCCCCUCAGACACAGGGCCCCGAUACCAUCCCCUCAGAUACAGGGCCCUGAUACCGUCCCGUCAGAUACAGGGCCCCGAUACUGUCCCCUCAGAUACAGGGCCCCGAUACCGUCCGGUCAGAUACAGGGCCCCGAUACCGUCCGGUCAGAUACAGGGCCCCGAUACCGUCCGGUCCGAUACAGGGCCCCGAUACCGUCCGGUCAGAUACAGGGCCCCGAUACCGUCCCCUCAGAUACAGGGCCCCGAUACCGUCCCCUCAGAUACAGGGCCCCGAUACCGUCCGCUCAGAUACAGGGCCCCGAUACCGUCCCCUCAGAUACAGGGCCCCGAUACCGUCCGGUCAGAUACAGGGCCCCGAUACCGUCCGGUCAGAUACAGGGCCCCGAUAUCUUCCCCUCAGAUACAGGUUCGCGAUUACGUCCCCUCAGAUACAGGGCCCCGAUACCGACCCCUCAGAUACAGGGCCGCGAUACCGUCCGCUCAGAUACAGGGCCGCGAUACCGUCCCCUCAGAUUCAGGGCCCCGAUACCGUCCCCUCAGAUACAGGGCCCCGAUACCGUCCCCUCAGAUUCAGGGCCCCGAUACCGUCCGGUCAGAUACAGGGCCCCGAUACCGUCCCGUCAGAUACAGGGCCCCGUUACCGACCCGUCAGAUACAGGGCCCCGAUACCGUCCCCUCAGAUGCAGGACCCUGAUACCGACCCGUCAGAUGCAGGGCCCCGAUACCGUCCCGUCAGAUACAGGGCCCCGAUACCGUCCGGUCAGAUACAGGGCCCCGAUACUGACCCAUCAGAUACAGGGUCCCGAUACCGUCCGGUCAGAUACAGGGCCCCGGUACCGACCCGUCAGAUACAGGGCCCCAGUACCGUCCCCUCAGAUACAGGGCCCCAGUACCGUCCCCUCAGAUACAGGGCCCCAGUACCGUCCCCUCAGAUACAGGGCCCCGAUACCGUCCCCUCAGAUACAGGGCCCUGAUAUCGUCCGGUCAGAUACAGGGCCCCGAUACCGUCCC